AUGGCAGAAGCGCAAAAACAUCGCGAGAUUCCAAACGGGGGGAAUACACGCAAUAACGCGCCUUCGGUAUCAGCUAGAGGAGCCGGAGACUUGUCCCUGCUCCCUGAAGACCUCCAGAAAUGCAGCUGGGAUCAGCUUCUGGAGAUGUUCUCGAGUGCUCUGAGGGAACAUGAGCAGAUCGACAAGGAGCUGCAGGAACAGACGAUGGAGUUACUCAAGAUAUUCGAAGCCUGGUCCCAAGUCACCAUUUCCCGCGACGAGGAGCGGUCAUAUAGAAGAUUCCAGACGCGCAUGCAACAUGUCCAAAACUCGGAGCACGAGCUAGAGGAGAAAAAGAAACAUUCCAUGAGUGAUGCUCCCAAUAACCAAGACGAGCGCUUACUGGAACGGCUAAAUGCGCUGAAACCGUCCACUGUCCAGCUUGAACGUCAGAAGAAUCUGGCUUUAAACUCGAAUCCUUCAGCAGCUUCUCUGUUCCCAGAAUAUACCGAUUCAGCAGCGGACUUCACUGUUGCCAGAAAACUGGACAAUUUCGCCCGCGGCAGCGGCUCUCUACUAGCAGAAGACGAUGUAAUAGCUCCUGAGUCCCUCUUAGAUGGAGAUGCCAUUGAAGAUCUCCUUGCGAGUCUGGACGAUACUCAAGGUCCGGAUUUAGGCGUGCAACUACCAACACAUACAAGGGAAGAACAAGGACAGAAACGCGGCAAUACAAAAGACCUCCUCAGCGGGGCAAACGAAUUCAUCCAACACUCUUCUUCUUCUACGGGGGCUGGAGCCGAGGUCAAAAAUCCAACUAGAGAAAAGGCUAUACCAGACUUCCUGCAAGAUAGAGAAGACAAUGAACAGUCAUCUAGCGAUGAUGAAAAAGACGAAGUCGAAGCCGCAAAGUACGUAGAAGAUCUCCUAAAUGAGCUUUCAGCCAACCCGCCCAGCGAAUCACCACCAGAAGCGGUAGAAACCACCACUUCAGAAGGAAUUAAUAGCAACGAAAAUAACAAAGAUGAUGACACACUCUCUACCCGACUAGCCGCUCUCUCUCUACCGUCUGUUCCCAGCGAUCAACCAAGAAAACGGAACAAAAGAGAAAACGCUUAUCCCGAAUGUUGCUGCAUUUGCUAUGAUAAGCCUGCCGUGAAAUGUACAGAUUGCGAGGGGGAUCAAUUGUUCUGUGUCCGCUGUUGGUGGGAGAUGCACAUGGAUGAUGGAGCCGAGUCACGGCACAAAGCUAUUAAAUACAAUCCUUAG